AUGCUGUUGCAGUGCAGUCUCAUCAGAAAAUCAGAAACAGCUGCGCAGAAGCGGCUGCGCAGGAACAGCUGCGCAGAAGCGGCUGCGCAGAAGCGGCUGCGCAGAAGCGGCUGCGCAGAAGCGGCUGCGCAGAAGCGGCUGCGCAGAAGCGGCUGCGCAGAAGCGGCUGCGCACAAGCGGCUGCGCAGAAGCGGCUGCGCACAAGCGGCUGCGCACAAGCGGCUGCGCACAAGCGGCUGCGCAGAAGCGGCUGCGCAGAAGCGGCUGCGCAGAAGCGGCUGCGCAGAAGCGGCUGCGCAGAAGCGGCUGCGCAGAAGCGGCUGCGGAGAAGCGGCUGCGCAGAAGCGGCUGCGCAGAAGCGCCUGCGCAGAAGCGGCUGCGCAGAAGCGCCUGCGCAGAAGCGGCUGCGCAGAAGCGGCUGCGCAGAAGCGGCUGCGCAGAAACGGCUGCGCAGAAACGGCUGCGCAGAAACGGCUGCGCAGAAACGGCUGCGCAGAAACGGCUGCGCAGAAACGGCUGCGCAGCAGCGGCUGCGCAGAAGCGGCUGCGCAGGAGCGGCUGCGCAGAAGCGGCUGCGCAGAUGCAGCUGCGCAGAAACAGCUGCGCAGAAACAGCUGCGCAGAAACAGCUGCGCAGAAACAACUGCGCAGAAGCGGCUGCGCAGAAGCGGCUGCGCAGAAGCGGCUGCGCAGAAGCGGCUGCGCGGAAGCGGCUGCGCGGAAGCGGCUGCGCGGAAGCGGCUGCGCGGAAACGGCUGCGCGGAAACGGCUGCGCGGAAGCGGCUGCGCGGAAGCGGCUGCGCGGAAGCGGCUGCGCGGAAGCGGCUGCGCAGAAGCGAAUGCGCAGAAGCGGCUGCGCAGAAGCGGCUGCGCAGAAGCGGCUGCGCAGAAGCGGCUGCGCAGAAGCGGCUGCGCAGAAGCGGCUGCGCAGAAACGGCUGCGCAGAAACGGCUGCGCAGAAACGGCUGCGCAGAAACGGCUGCGCAGAAGCAGCUGCGCAGAAGCAGCUGCGCAGAAGCAGCUGCGCAGAAGCAGCUGCGCAGAAGCAGCUGCGCAGAAGCAGCUGCGCAGAAGCAGCUGCGCAGAAGCAGCUGCGCAGAAGCAGCUGCGCAGAAGCAGCUGCGCAGAAACAGCUGCGCAGGAACAGCUGCGCAGGAACAGCUGCGCAGGAACAGCUGCGCAGGAACAGCUGCGCAGGAACAGCUGCGCAGGAACAGCUGCGCAGGAACAGCUGCGCAGGAACAGCUGCGCAGGAACAGCUGCGCAGGAACAGCUGCGCAGGAACAGCUGCGCAGGAACAGCUGCGCAGAAACAGCUGCGCUGGAACAGCUGCGCAGGAACAGCUGCGCAGGAACAGCUGCGCAGGAACAGCUGCGCAGGAACAGCUGCGCAGAAACAGCUGCGCAGAAACAGCUGCGCAGAAACAGCUGCGCAGAAACAGCUGCGCAGGAACAGCUGCGCAGGAACAGCUGCGCAGGAACAGCUGCGCAGGAACAGCUGCGCAGAAACUGCUGCGCAGAAACUGCUGCGCAGAAACAGCUGCGCAGAAACAGCUGCGCAGGAACAGCUGCGCAGGAACAGCUGCGCAGGAACAGCUGCGCAGGAACAGCUGCGCAGGAACAGCUGCGCAGAAACAGCUGCGCAGAAACAGCUGCGCAGGAACAGCUGCGCAGAAACAGCUGCGCAGAAACAGCUGCGCAGAAACAGCUUCGCAGAAACAGCUGCGCAGAAACAGCUGCGCAGAAACAACUGCGCAGCAACAACUGCGCAGAAACAGCUGCGCAGGAACAGCUGCGCAGAAACAGCUGCGCAGAAACAGCUGCGCAGAAACAGCUUCGCAGAAACAGCUGCGCAGAAACAGCUGCGCAGGAACAGCUGCGCAGGAACAGCUGCGCAGGAACAGCUGCGCAGAAACAGCUGCGCAGAAACAGCUGCGCAGGAACAGCUGCGCAGGAACAGCUGCGCAGAAACAGCUGCGCAGGAACAGCUGCGCAGAAACAGCUGCGCAGAAACAGCUGCGCAGAAACAGCUGCGCAGAAACAGCUGCGCAGAAACAGCUGCGCAGAAACAGCUGCGCAGAAACAGCUGCGCAGGAACAGCUGCGCAGGAACAGCUGCGCAGGAACGGCUGCGCAGGAACGGCUGCGCAGAAACGGCUGCGCAGAAACGGCAGCGCAGAAACGGCUGCGCAGAAACGGCUGCGCAGAAACGGCUGCGCAGAAACGGCUGCGCAGAAGCAGCUGCGCAGAAGCAGCUGCGCAGAAGCAGCUGCGCAGAAGCAGCUGCGCAGAAGCAGCUGCGCAGAAGCAGCUGCGCAGAAGCAGCUGCGCAGAAGCAGCUGCGCAGAAGCAGCUGCGCAGAAACAGCUGCGCAGAAACAGCUGCGCAGGAACAGCUGCGCAGGAACAGCUGCGCAGGAACAGCUGCGCAGGAACAGCUGCGCAGGAACAGCUGCGCAGAAACAGCUGCGCAGAAACAGCUACGCAGGAACAGCUGCGCAGGAACAGCUGCGCAGAAACAGCUGCGCAGAAACAGCUGCGCAGAAACAGCUGCGCAGAAACAGCUUCGCAGAAACAGCUGCGCAGGAACAGCUACGCAGAAACAGCUGCGCAGAAACAGCUGCGCAGAAACAGCUGUGCAGAAACAGCUGCGCAGAAACAGCUGCGCAGAAACAGCUGCGCAGAAACAGCUGCGCAGAAACAGCUGCGCAGAGACAGCUGCGCAGAGACAGCUGCGCAGAAACAGCUGCGAAGAAACAGCUGCGCAGAAACAGCUGCGCAGAAACAGCUGCGCAGAAAAAGCUGCGCAGAAACAGCUGCGCAGAAACAGCUGCGCAGAAACAGCUGCGCAGAAACAGCUGCGCAGAAACAGCUGCGCAGAAACAGCUGCGCAGAAACAGCGGCGCAGAAACAGCGGCGUGCGCAGGAACAGGUGCGCAGGAACAGCUGCGCAGGAACAGCUGCGCAGGAACAGCUGCGCAGGAACAGCUGCGCAGGAACAGCUGCGCAGAAACAGCUGCGCAGAAACAGCUGCGCAGGAACAGCUGCGCAGGAACAGCUGCGCAGAAACAGCUGCGCAGAAACAGCUGCGCAGAAACAGCUGCGCAGAAACAGCUUCGCAGAAACAGCUGCGCUGGAACGGCUGCGCAGAAACGGCUGCGCAGAAACGGCUGCGCAGAAACGGCUGCGCAGAAACGGCUGCGCAGAAACGGCUGCGCAGAAACGGCUGCGCAGAAACGGCUGCGCAGAAAAGGCUGCGCAGAAACGGCUGCGCAGAAACAGCUGCGCAGAAACAGCUGCGCAGAAGCAGCUGCGCAGAAGCAGCUGCGCAGAAGCAGCUGCGCAGAGGCAGCUGCGCAGAGGCAGCUGCGCAGAAGCAGCUGCGCAGAAGCAGCUGCGCAGAAGCAGCUGCGCAGAAGCAGCUGCGCAGAAGCAGCUGCGCAGAAGCAGCUGCGCAGAAGCAGCUGCGCAGAAGCAGCUGCGCAGAAGCAGCUGCGCAGAAGCAGCUGCGCAGAAACAGCUGCGCAGAAACAGCUGCGCAGAUACAGCUGCGCAGAAACAGCUGCGCAGAAACAGCUGCGCAGAAACAGCUGCGCAGGAACAGCUGCGCAGGAACAGCUGCGCAGGAACAGCUGCGCAGGAACAGCUGCGCAGGAACAGCUGCGCAGGAACAGCUGCGCAGGAACAGCUGCGCAGGAACAGCUGCGCAGGAACAGCUGCGCAGGAACAGCUGCGCAGGAACAGCUGCGCAGGAACAGCUGCGCAGGAACAGCUGCGCAGGAACAGCUGCGCAGGAACAGCUGCGCAGGAACAGCUGCGCAGGUACAGCUGCGCAGGAACAGCUGCGCAGGAACAGCUGCGCAGGAACAGCUGCGCAGGAAUAGCUGCGCAGGAACAGCUGCGCAGGAACAGCUGCACAGAAACAGCUGCGCAGGAACAGCUGCGCAGAAACAGCUGCGCAGGAACAGCAGCGCAGGAACAGCUGCGCAGGAACAGCUGCGCAGGAACAGCUGCGCAGAAACAGCUGCGCAGAAACAGCUGCGCAGGAACAGCUGCGCAGAAACAGCUGCGCAGAAACAGCUGCGCAGGAACAGCUGCGCAGAAACAGCUGCGCAGGAACAGCUGCGCAGAAACAGCUGCGCAGAAACAGCUGCGCAGAAACAGCUGCACAGAAACAGCUUCGCAGAAACAGCUGCGCAGGAACAGCUUCGCAGAAACACUCUAUAGCCUCCGGUUACAGGAGCGUACCUCCAUGUUCAAUGAUUUUUGGGCAGUUGAACAUGUAAAGUUGAAUCCCGUACGCGCGUGCUGCGCGGAGACGGCUGCGCAGAAGCGGCUGCGCGGAAGUGGCUGCGCGGAAGCGGCUGCGCGGAAACGGCUGCGCGGAAACGGCUGCGCGGAAACGGCUGCGCGGAAACGGCCGCGCGGGAACAGGUGCGGGGGAACAGGUGCGCAGGAACAGCUGCGCAGGAACAGCUGCGCAGGAACAGCUGCGCAGGAACAGCUGCGCAGGAACAGGUGCGCAGGAACAGGUGCGCAAAAACAGGUGCGCAAAAACAGGUGCGCAGGAAUAGGUGCGCAGGAACAGGUGCGCAGGAACAGCUGCGCAGGAACAGCUGCGCAGGAACAGCUGCGCAGGAACAGCUGCGCAGGAACAGCUGCGCAGGAACAGCUGCGCAGGAACAGCUGCGCAGGAACAGCUGCGCAGGAACAGCUGCGCAGGAAGAGCUGCGCAGGAACAGCUGCGCAGGAACAGCUGCGCAGAAACAGCUGCGCAGAAACAGCAGCGCAGAAACAGCCGCGCAGAAACAGCCGCGCAGAAACAGCCUCGCAGAAACAGCCUCGCAGAAACAGCCGCGCAGAAACAGCCGCGCAGAAACAGCCGCGCAGCAACAGCCGCGCAGGAACAGCCGCGCAGCAACAGCCGCGCAGGAACAGCCGCGCAGGAACAGCCGCGCAGGAACAGCCGCGCAGGAACAGCCGCGCAGAAACAGCUGCGCAGAAACAGCUGCGCAGGAACAGCUGCGCAGGAACAGCUGCGCAGGAUCAGCUGCGCAGAAACAGCUGCGCAGAAACAGCUGCGCAGGAACAGCUGCGCAGGAACAGCUGCGCAGAAACAGCUGCGCAGAAACAGCUGCGCAGAAACAGCUGCGCAGAAACAGCUGCGCAGGAACAGCUGCGCAGAAACAGCUGCGCAGAAACAGCUGCGCAGAAACAGCUGCGCAGAAACAGCUGCGCAGAAACAGCUGCGCAGAAACAGCUGCGCAGAAACAGCUUCGCAGAAACAGCUGCGCAGAAACAGCUGCGCAGAAACAGCUGCGCAGGAACAGCUGCGCAGAAACAGCUGCGCAGAAACAGCUGCGCAGAAACAGCUGCGCAGAAACAGCUGCGCAGGAACAGCUGCGCAGAAACAGCUGCGCAGAAACAGCUGCGCAGGAACGGCUGCGCAGAAACAGCUGCGCAGAAACAGCUGCGCAGAAACAGCUUCGCAGAAACAGCUGCGCAGGAACAGCUGCGCAGAAACAGCUGCGCAGAAGCAGCUGCGCAGAAACAGCUGCGCAGAAACAGCUGCGCAGAAACAGCUGCGCAGAAACAGCUGCGCAGAAACAGCUGCGCAGAAACAGCUGCGCAGGAACAGCUGCGCAGAAACAGCUGCGCAGGAGCUGCUGCGCAGGAACAGCUGUGCAGGAGCAGCUGCGCAGGAACAGCUGCGCAGGAACAGCUGCGCAGGAACAGCUGCGCAGGAACAGCUGCGCAGGAACAGCUGCGCAGGAACAGCUGCGCAGGAACAGCUGCGCAGGAACAGGUGCGCAGGAACAGGUGCGCAGGAACAGCUGCGCAGGAACAGCUGCGCAGGAACAGGUGCGCACGAACAGCUGCGCAGGAACAGGUGCGCAGGAACAGGUGCGCAGGAACAGGUGCGCAGGAACAGCUGCGCAGGAACAGGUGCGCAGGAACUGCUGCGCAGGAACAGCUGCGCAGGGACAGCUGCGCAGGAACAGGUGCGCAGGAACAGGUGCGCAGGAACAGCUGCGCAGUAACAGCUGCGCAGAAACAGCUGCGCAGAAACAGCCGCGCAGAAACAGCUGCGCAGAAACAGCUGCGCAGAAACAGCUGCGCAGAAACAGCUGCGCAGAAACAGCUGCGCAGAAACAGCUGCGCAGAAACAGCUGCGCAGAGACAGCUGCGCAGAGACAGCUGCGCAGAGACAGCUGCGCAGAAACAGCUGCGCAGAAUCAGCUGCGCAGAAACAGCUGCGCAGAAACAGCUGCGCAGAAACAGCUGCGCAGAAACAGCUGCGCAGAAACAGCUGCGCAGAAACAGCUGCGCAGAAACAGCGGCGCAGAAACACUCUAUAGCCUCCGGUUACAGGAGCGUACCUCCAUGUUCAAUGUUUUUUGGGCAGUUGAACAUUGAAGUCUCAUCAGAAAAUCAGAAACAGCUGCGCGGAGACGGCUGCGCAGAAGCGGCUGCGCGGAAGCGGCUGCGCGGAAACGGCUGCGCGGAAACGGCUGCGCGGAAACGGCUGCGCGGGAACGGCUGCGCGGGAACAGGUGCGCGGGAACAGGUGCGCGGGAACAGCUGCGCAGGAACAGCUGCGCAGGAACAGCUGCGCAGGAACAGGUGCGCAGGAACAGGUGCGCAGGAACAGGUGCGCAGGAACAGGUGCGCAGGAACAGGUGCGCAGGAACAGCUGCGCAGGAACAGCUGCGCAGGAACAGGUGCGCAGGAACAGCUGCGCAGGAACAGCUGCGCAGGAACAGCUGCGCAGGAACAGCUGCGCAGAAACAGCUGCGCAGAAACAGCUGCGCAGAAACAGCCGCGCAGAAACAGCCUCGCAGAAACAGCCUCGCAGAAACAGCCGCGCAGAAUCAGCCGCGCAGAAACAGCCGCGCAGGAACAGCCGCGCAGGAACAGCCGCGCAGGAACAGCUGCACAGGAACAGCUGCGCAGGAACAGCUGCGCAGGAACAGCUGCGCAGGAACAGCUGCGCAGGAACAGCUGCGCAGGAACAGCUGCGCAGGAACAGCUGCGCAGAAACAGCGGCGCAGAAACAGCGGCGCAGAAACACUCUAUAGCCUCCGGUUACAGGAGCGUACCUCCAUGUUCAAUGUUUUUUGGGCAGUUGAACAUUGCAGUCUCAUCAGAAAAUCAGAAACAGCUGCGCAGAAGCGGCUGCGCAGGAACAGCUGCGCAGAAGCGGCUGCGCAGAAGCGGCUGCGCAGAAGCGGCUGCGCAGAAGCGGCUGCGCAGAAGCGGCUGCGCAGAAGCGGCUGCGCAGAAGCGGCUGCGCAGAAGCGGCUGCGCACAAGCGGCUGCGCACAAGCGGCUGCGCACAAGCGGCUGCGCACAAGCGGCUGCGCAGAAGCGGCUGCGCAGAAGCGGCUGCGCAGAAGCGGCUGCGCAGAAGCGGCUGCGCAGAAGCGGCUGCGCAGAAGCGGCUGCGCAGAAGCGGCUGCGCAGAAGCGGCUGCGCAGAAGCGGCUGCGCAGAAGCGCCUGCGCAGAAGCGGCUGCGCAGAAGCGGCUGCGCAGAAGCGGCUGCGCAGAAACGGCUGCGCAGAAACGGCUGCGCAGAAACGGCUGCGCAGAAACGGCUGCGCAGAAACGGCUGCGCAGAAACGGCUGCGCAGAAACGGCUGCGCAGCAGCGGCUGCGCAGGAGCGGCUGCGCAGGAGCGGCUGCGCAGAUGCAGCUGCGCAGAUGCAGCUGCGCAGAAACAGCUGCGCAGAAACAGCUGCGCAGAAACAACUGCGCAGAAGCGGCUGCGCAGAAGCGGCUGCGCAGAAGCGGCUGCGCAGAAGCGGCUGCGCAGAAGCGGCUGCGCAGAAGCGGCUGCGCAGAAGCGGCUGCGCGGAAGCGGCUGCGCGGAAGCGGCUGCGCGGAAACGGCUGCGCGGAAACGGCUGCGCGGAAACGGCUGCGCGGAAGCGGCUGCGCGGAAGCGGCUGCGCGGAAGCGGCUGCGCGGAAGCGGCUGCGCGGAAGCGGCUGCGCAGAAGCGGCUGCGCAGAAGCGGCUGCGCAGAAGCGGCUGCGCAGAAGCGGCUGCGCAGAAGCGGCUGCGCAGAAGCGGCUGCGCAGAAACGGCUGCGCAGAAACGGCUGCGCAGAAACGGCUGCGCAGAAACGGCAGCGCAGAAACGGCUGCGCAGAAACGGCUGCGCAGAAACGGCUGCGCAGAAGCAGCUGCGCAGAAGCAGCUGCGCAGAAGCAGCUGCGCAGAAGUAGCUGCGCAGAAGCAGCUGCGCAGAAGCAGCUGCGCAGAAGCAGCUGCGCAGAAGCAGCUGCGCAGAAGCAGCUGCGCAGAAGCAGCUGCGCAGAAACAGCUGCGCAGAAACAGCUGCGCAGGAACAGCUGCGCAGGAACAGCUGCGCAGGAACAGCUGCGCAGGAACAGCUGCGCAGGAACAGCUGCGCAGAAACAGCUGCGCAGAAACAGCUGCGCAGAAACAGCUUCGCAGAAACAGCUGCGCAGGAACAGCUACGCAGAAACAGCUGCGCAGAAACAGCUGCGCAGAAACAGCUGUGCAGAAACAGCUGCGCAGAAACAGCUGCGCAGAAACAGCUGCGCAGAAACAGCUGCGCAGAAACAGCUGCGCAGAGACAGCUGCGCAGAGACAGCUGCGCAGAAACAGCUGCGAAGAAACAGCUGCGCAGAAACAGCUGCGCAGAAACAGCUGCGCAGAAAAAGCUGCGCAGAAACAGCUGCGCAGAAACAGCUGCGCAGAAACAGCUGCGCAGAAACAGCUGCGCAGAAACAGCUGCGCAGAAACAGCGGCGCAGAAACAGCGGCGCAGAAACACUCUAUAGCCUCCGGUUACAGGAGCGUACCUCCAUGUUCAAUGUUUUUUGGGCAGUUGAACAUUGAAGUCUCAUCAGAAAAUCAGAAACAGCUGCGCGGAGACGGCUGCGCAGAAGCGGCUGCGCGGAAGCGGCUGCGCGGAAACGGCUGCGCGGAAACGGCUGCGCGGAAACGGCUGCGCGGAAACGGCUGCGCGAGAACAGCUGCGCGAGAACAGGUGCGCGGGAACAGCUGCGCGGGAACAGCUGCGCAGGAACAGCUGCGCAGGAACAGCUGCGCAGGAACAGCUGCGCAGGAACAGGUGCGCAAAAACAGGUGCGCAGGAACAGGUGCGCAGGAACAGCUGCGCAGGAACAGCUGCGCAGGAACAGCUGCGCAGGAACAGCUGCGCAGGAACAGCUGCGCAGAAACAGCUGCGCAGGAACAGCUGCGCAGGAACAGCUGCGCAGAAACAGCUGCGCAGAAACAGCUGCGCAGAAACAGCUGCGCAGAAACAGCUUCGCAGAAACAGCUGCGCUGGAACGGCUGCGCAGAAACGGCUGCGCAGAAACGGCUGCGCAGAAACGGCUGCGCAGAAACGGCUGCGCAGAAACGGCUGCGCAGAAACGGCUGCGCAGAAACGGCUGCGCAGAAAAGGCUGCGCAGAAACGGCUGCGCAGAAACAGCUGCGCAGAAACAGCUGCGCAGAAGCAGCUGCGCAGAAGCAGCUGCGCAGAAGCAGCUGCGCAGAAGCAGCUGCGCAGAGGCAGCUGCGCAGAAGCAGCUGCGCAGAAGCAGCUGCGCAGAAGCAGCUGCGCAGAAGCAGCUGCGCAGAAGCAGCUGCGCAGAAGCAGCUGCGCAGAAGCAGCUGCGCAGAAACAGCUGCGCAGAAACAGCUGCGCAGAUACAGCUGCGCAGAUACAGCUGCGCAGAAACAGCUGCGCAGAAACAGCUGCGCAGAAACAGCUGCGCAGAAACAGCUGCGCAGAAACAGCUGCGCAGGAACAGCUGCGCAGGAACAGCUGCGCAGGAACAGCUGCGCAGGAACAGCUGCGCAGGAACAGCUGCGCAGGAACAGCUGCGCAGGAACAGCUGCGCAGAAACAGCUGCGCAGGAACAGCUGCGCAGGAACAGCUGCGCAGGAACAGCUGCGCAGGAACAGCUGCGCAGGUACAGCUGCGCAGGAACAGCUGCGCAGGAACAGCUGCGCAGGAACAGCUGCGCAGGAACAGCUGCGCAGGAACAGCUGCGCAGGAACAGCUGCACAGAAACAGCUGCGCAGGAACAGCUGCGCAGAAACAGCUGCGCAGGAACAGCAGCGCAGGAACAGCUGCGCAGGAACAGCUGCGCAGGAACAGCUGCGCAGAAACAGCUGCGCAGAAACAGCUGCGCAGGAACAGCUGCGCAGAAACAGCUGCGCAGAAACAGCUGCGCAGGAACAGCUGCGCAGAAACAGCUGCGCAGGAACAGCUGCGCAGAAACAGCUGCGCAGAAACAGCUGCGCAGAAACAGCUGCACAGAAACAGCUUCGCAGAAACAGCUGCGCAGGAACAGCUGCGCAGAAACACUCUAUAGCCUCCGGUUACAGGAGCGUACCUCCAUGUUCAAUGAUUUUUGGGCAGUUGAACAUGUAAAGUUGAAUCCCGUACGCGCGUGCGGCUGCGCGGAAGCGGCUGCGCGGAAGCGGCUGCGCGGAAACGGCUGCGCGGAAACGGCUGCGCGGAAACGGCUGCGCGGAAACGGCCGCGCGGGAACAGGUGCGGGGGAACAGGUGCGCAGGAACAGCUGCGCAGGAACAGCUGCGCAGGAACAGCUGCGCAGGAACAGGUGCGCAGGAACAGGUGCGCAAAAACAGGUGCGCAAGAAUAGGUGCGCAGGAACAGGUGCGCAGGAACAGCUGCGCAGGAACAGCUGCGCAGGAACAGCUGCGCAGGAACAGCUGCGCAGGAACAGCUGCGCAGGAACAGCUGCGCAGGAACAGCUGCGCAGGAACAGCUGCGCAGGAACAGCUGCGCAGGAACAGCUGCGCAGGAACAGCUGCGCAGGAACAGCUGCGCAGAAACAGCUGCGCAGAAACAGCAGCGCAGAAACAGCCGCGCAGAAACAGCCGCGCAGAAACAGCCUCGCAGAAACAGCCUCGCAGAAACAGCCGCGCAGAAACAGCCGCGCAGAAACAGCCGCGCAGCAACAGCCGCGCAGGAACAGCCGCGCAGCAACAGCCGCGCAGGAACAGCCGCGCAGGAACAGCCGCGCAGGAACAGCCGCGCAGGAACAGCCGCGCAGAAACAGCUGCGCAGAAACAGCUGCGCAGGAACAGCUGCGCAGGAACAGCUGCGCAGGAUCAGCUGCGCAGAAACAGCUGCGCAGAAACAGCUGCGCAGGAACAGCUGCGCAGGAACAGCUGCGCAGAAACAGCUGCGCAGAAACAGCUGCGCAGAAACAGCUGCGCAGAAACAGCUGCGCAGGAACAGCUGCGCAGAAACAGCUGCGCAGAAACAGCUGCGCAGAAACAGCUGCGCAGAAACAGCUGCGCAGAAACAGCUGCGCAGAAACAGCUGCGCAGAAACAGCUUCGCAGAAACAGCUGCGCAGAAACAGCUGCGCAGAAACAGCUGCGCAGAAACAGCUGCGCAGAAACAGCUGCGCAGGAACAGCUGCGCAGAAACAGCUGCGCAGAAACAGCUGCGCAGAAACAGCUGCGCAGGAACAGCUGCGCAGAAACAGCUGCGCAGAAACAGCUGUGCAGGAACAGCUGCGCAGAAACAGCUGCGCAGAAACAGCUGCGCAGAAACAGCUUCGCAGAAACAGCUGCGCAGGAACAGCUGCGCAGAAACAGCUGCGCAGAAGCAGCUGCGCAGAAACAGCUGCGCAGAAACAGCUGCGCAGAAACAGCUGCGCAGAAACAGCUGCGCAGAAACAGCUGCGCAGAAACAGCUGCGCAGGAACAGCUGCGCAGAAACAGCUGCGCAGGAGCUGCUGCGCAGGAACAGCUGUGCAGGAGCAGCUGCGCAGGAACAGCUGCGCAGGAACAGCUGCGCAGGAACAGCUGCGCAGGAACAGCUGCACAGGAACAGCUGCGCAGGAACAGCUGCGCAGGAACAGCUGCGCAGGAACAGGUGCGCAGGAACAGGUGCGCAGGAACAGCUGCGCAGGAACAGCUGCGCAGGAACAGGUGCGCACGAACAGCUGCGCAGGAACAGGUGCGCAGGAACAGGUGCGCAGGAACAGGUGCGCAGGAACAGCUGCGCAGGAACAGGUGCGCAGGAACAGCUGCGCAGGAACAGCUGCGCAGGGACAGCUGCGCAGGAACAGGUGCGCAGGAACAGGUGCGCAGGAACAGCUGCGCAGUAACAGCUGCGCAGAAACAGCUGCGCAGAAACAGCCGCGCAGAAACAGCUGCGCAGAAACAGCUGCGCAGAAACAGCUGCGCAGAAACAGCUGCGCAGAAACAGCUGCGCAGAGACAGCUGCGCAGAGACAGCUGCGCAGAGACAGCUGCGCAGAGACAGCUGCGCAGAAACAGCUGCGCAGAAACAGCUGCGCAGAAACAGCUGCGCAGAAACAGCUGCGCAGAAACAGCUGCGCAGAAACAGCUGCGCAGAAACAGCUGCGCAGAAACAGCUGCGCAGAAACAGCGGCGCAGAAACACUCUAUAGCCUUCGUGAAGUCUCAUCAGAAAAUCAGAAACAGCUGCGCGGAGACGGCUGCGCAGAAGCGGCUGCGCGGAAGCGGCUGCGCGGAAACGGCUGCGCGGAAACGGCUGCGCGGAAACGGCUGCGCGGGAACGGCUGCGCGGGAACAGGUGCGCGGGAACAGGUGCGCGGGAACAGGUGCGCGGGAACAGCUGCGCAGGAACAGCUGCGCAGGAACAGGUGCGCAGGAACAGGUGCGCAGGAACAGGUGCGCAGGAACAGGUGCGCAGGAACAGGUGCGCAGGAACAGGUGCGCAGGAACAGCUGCGCAGGAACAGCUGCGCAGGAACAGGUGCGCAGGAACAGCUGCGCAGGAACAGCUGCGCAGGAACAGCUGCGCAGGAACAGCUGCGCAGAAACAGCUGCGCAGAAACAGCCGCGCAGAAACAGCCUCGCAGAAACAGCCUCGCAGAAACAGCCGCGCAGAAUCAGCCGCGCAGAAACAGCCGCGCAGGAACAGCCGCGCAGGAACAGCCGCGCAGGAACAGCUGCACAGGAACAGCUGCGCAGGAACAGCUGCGCAGGAACAGCUGCGCAGGAACAGCUGCGCAGGAACAGCUGCGCAGGAACAGCCGCGCAGGAACAGCCGCGCAGGAACAGCUGCACAGGAACAGCUGCGCAGGAACAGCUGCGCAGGAACAGCUGCGCAGGAACAGCUGCGCAGGAACAGCUGCGCAGGAACAGCUGCGCAGGAACAGCUGCGCAGAAACAGCGGCGCAGAAACAGCGGCGCAGAAACACUCUAUAGCCUCCGGUUACAGGAGCGUACCUCCAUGUUCAAUGUUUUUUGGGCAGUUGAACAUCUGCGCAGAAGCGGCUGCGCAGGAACAGCUGCGCAGAAGCGGCUGCGCAGAAGCGGCUGCGCAGAAGCGGCUGCGCAGAAGCGGCUGCGCAGAAGCGGCUGCGCAGAAACAGCUGCGCAGAAACAGCUGCGCAGAAACAGCUUCGCAGAAACAGCUGCGCAGAAACAGCUGCGCAGAAACAGCUGCGCAGAAACAGCUGCGCAGGAACAGCUGCGCAGAAACAGCUGCGCAGAAACAGCUGCGCAGAAACAGCUGCGCAGGAACAGCUGCGCAGAAACAGCUGCGCAGAAACAGCUGCGCAGGAACGGCUGCGCAGAAAUGGCUGCGCAGAAACAGCUGCGCAGAAACAGCUGCGCAGAAACAGCUUCGCAGAAACAGCUGCGCAGGAACAGCUGCGCAGAAACAGCUGCGCAGAAACAGCUGCGCAGAAACAGCUGCGCAGAAACAGCUGCGCAGAAACAGCUGCGCAGAAACAGCUGCGCAGGAACAGCUGCGCAGAAACAGCUGCGCAGGAGCUGCUGCGCAGGAACAGCUGUGCAGGAGCAGCUGCGCAGGAACAGCUGCGCAGGAACAGCUGCGCAGGAACAGCUGCGCAGGAACAGCUGCGCAGGAACAGCUGCGCAGGAACAGCUGCGCAGGAACAGCUGCGCAGGAACAGGUGCGCAGGAACAGGUGCGCAGGAACAGCUGCGCAGGAACAGCUGCGCAGGAACAGGUGCGCACGAACAGCUGCGCAGGAACAGGUGCGCAGGAACAGGUGCGCAGGAACAGGUGCGCAGGAACAGCUGCGCAGGAACAGGUGCGCAGGAACAGCUGCGCAGGAACAGCUGCGCAGGGACAGCUGCGCAGGAACAGGUGCGCAGGAACAGGUGCGCAGGAACAGCUGCGCAGUAACAGCUGCGCAGAAACAGCUGCGCAGAAACAGCCGCGCAGAAACAGCUGCGCAGAAACAGCUGCGCAGAAACAGCUGCGCAGAAACAGCUGCGCAGAAACAGCUGCGCAGAAACAGCUGCGCAGAAACAGCUGCGCAGAGACAGCUGCGCAGAGACAGCUGCGCAGAGACAGCUGCGCAGAAACAGCUGCGCAGAAACAGCUGCGCAGAAACAGCUGCGCAGAAACAGCUGCGCAGAAACAGCUGCGCAGAAACAGCUGCGCAGAAACAGCUGCGCAGAAACAGCUGCGCAGAAACAGCGGCGCAGAAACACUCUAUAGCCUCCGUGAAGUCUCAUCAGAAAAUCAGAAACAGCUGCGCGGAGACGGCUGCGCAGAAGCGGCUGCGCGGAAGCGGCUGCGCGGAAACGGCUGCGCGGAAACGGCUGCGCGGAAACGGCUGCGCGGGAACGGCUGCGCGGGAACAGGUGCGCGGGAACAGGUGCGCGGGAACAGGUGCGCGGGAACAGCUGCGCAGGAACAGCUGCGCAGGAACAGGUGCGCAGGAACAGGUGCGCAGGAACAGGUGCGCAGGAACAGGUGCGCAGGAACAGGUGCGCAGGAACAGGUGCGCAGGAACAGCUGCGCAGGAACAGCUGCGCAGGAACAGGUGCGCAGGAACAGCUGCGCAGGAACAGCUGCGCAGGAACAGCUGCGCAGGAACAGCUGCGCAGAAACAGCUGCGCAGAAACAGCUGCUCAGAAACAGCCGCGCAGAAACAGCCUCGCAGAAACAGCCUCGCAGAAACAGCCGCGCAGAAUCAGCCGCGCAGAAACAGCCGCGCAGGAACAGCCGCGCAGGAACAGCCGCGCAGGAACAGCUGCACAGGAACAGCUGCGCAGGAACAGCUGCGCAGGAACAGCUGCGCAGGAACAGCUGCGCAGGAACAGCUGCGCAGGAACAGCUGCGCAGGAACAGCUGCGCAGAAACAGCGGCGCAGAAACAGCGGCGCAGAAACACUCUAUAG